ACAUGCCCUCCUCUUCUUCUAUGUGAAAAUUGUAAUAUUAAAUAGCAUUUUCAAAAAAAUAAAAUUGGAAAAAUCAUUCACCACCGUUGAUGAGAAUCCAACGGUGCAAAAACAAGUUUGUCUGUGUAGAAUAUUUUGAAGCAGAACACACUCUAUAAAUACCCCCUCUCUCCCAUUCUCCUCUUUUCAUUGUCGAGCCACUCUUCUCUUUAUUCCUGCGUUAAAAAAGCUCUAACCUUCUUCUUUGCAGAAAUGACUUCUUCCAACAGUGUCGUUUUGAUAAUGCUUAUUGCAUUUCUCUUCACCUCCGCUUUUGCUCAGUCUCCUACACCCUCACCGGCAUCUUCUCCUAUGAAAUCUUCACCGUCACCAUCUUCCGCUCCUGAAUCUUCUUCGCCAGCUCCUUCCACUGAACCACCAGUUUCUACUGCUCCUCCGGCUGCAGCACCGUCUCCAGCUGAUAUUCAGUCUCCUCCUCCUCCUCCUCCUCCUCCUCCACAACCAUCUCCUACUCCAGAGGCUUCUCCUUCACCAGUGGAUAGUACUCCUCCCCCUGCGAUCUCCCUCACACCAGCUGAAGCUCCUGCACCGGGUGAAAACGUUGCUGUUUUGAACCGGCUUUCUGUUGCUGCAACAGUUGCUGCUGGUCUCUUCGCUGCCGUUUUGGUGAUGUAGAGUACAGUGGUGCAGCUAUGGAAUGAGUUUAAUUUAUUUUUGUCUUUUCUUUUUUGUACUUCUUGCAAAGUUGACCAAUGUCAGUGCGUUGUGUUGAUGGUGAAUUAUUUGGUUAUGAAUUAUGGAAUAUGCUAAUUUAAUUUACUUCUAAUU